AAUGAAACUUCCUUCUUUUUUGAAGCACGUAACAAGACCACAUGCAAACAUCUCUGGAAAUGCUGUGUAGAACAUCAUACAUUUUUCAGAGUGCCGGAGAAUGAAUCAAACACUCUGUCAAGAAAAUUCAGCAAGUUUGGAUCCAUAGGUUAUAAACAUCGUGUGAGUGGAAGGACAUCUUUGCAAAUGACCAGAGACCCUUCUGUGCAGCUUCCGCGGCCUGACCAGUGCAUUGAAAGAAGCCGCAGCAAGACUUACCCCAAAAGAACACAGCAGACCGGAUCUAAGAACAUGAGCCAGAUUACAACAAAUGGGGAAAAUGAAGGAACUACCAAAAUUAUUGCACCUUCUCCUGUGAAAAGCUUUAAAAAGAUGAAAAAUGAAAACAGUCCAGAAACCCAAAGAAGUAAAACAAGCGCACCGUGGGAGGAAAAUGGCCCACAGAGUGGGCUGUAUAAUUCUCCCAAUGACCGCAAUAAAUCACCGAAGUUUCCUUACUCUCGGCGACGGAACCCAUCAGGUGGCAGCGAGAAUGAGUCUGGGCAGCCAGUCCGGAGGAGGAAAAAUCAAAACAGUGGCGAAGAUUCAGAUUUAAAGCAAAGGAGAAGAUCACGGUCUCGCUGUAACACCAGCAGUGGCAGUGAAUCAGAAAAUUCCAAUAGAGAGCACCGGAAGAAGAGAAACAGAUUACGGCAAGAGAAUGACAUGGUUGACUCAGCUCCUCAGUGGGAAGCUGUACUACGGCGACAAAAGGAGAAAAACCAGGCAGAUCCAAACUAUCGGCGAUCCAGGCACAGAUCUCGAUCGAGAAGCCCAGAUGUACAAGCUAAAGAAGAACUGUGGAAACAUAUUCAGAAGGAGCUUGUGGAUCCAUCUGGCCUGUCUGAGGAGCAAUUGAAAGAAAUUCCAUACACUAAAAUAGAGACUCAAGGUGACCCAAUCCGCAUUAGGCAUUCACAUUCCCCUCGAAGCUACCGUCAGUAUCGGCGGUCCCAGUGCUCUGAUGGUGAAAGAUCUGUCCUGUCUGAAGUGAACGCGAAAACUGAUCUAGUGCCUCCACUGCCUGUUACACGAUCUUCGGAUGCUAGAGGUCCCAGCAUCCAGUUGACUCAACAGAGACAGAAUGGAUCUAAAGACAGCCUAAUAGAAGAAACAUCUCAGCUAUCCACUAACAAUGUUGAUGGAAAAUCCACCACUAAGAUCAUAAAAACUGUCCAGGUGUCACGCUUCAAAGUGGAGACUUGA